UAGUAAUCUGUGCAAGUCGGCAAUCGGUUAUUCCUGUAUUAUCAGUGAUUUAAUUGAUUUUGCUUUAAUAUUUGCCUAAAUAUAAGUGUUUCUAGCAAGUACGAAGUCUAAAAAAGAUUUACUCAGUUGAAAAAAACACUAUGCAUUUUGAACGGGAUUAUUAUGAUGAUGAAGAAUUUGAAAAUGAUGAUAUGAUAAAUAACUUUAGUGGACCACCUUCAAGAUUUAACCAUCCGCGGAGUAUGAAUUUCAAUAGAAAUAAUGCAUACAAUAAUGCAUAUGGAGACUAUAGAGGAGGCUAUGGGCCUCCUGGUGGCUUUGGAAGUAAUUGGCGUGCACCUCCUCCACCAAGAUUUGGACCACCCGGUUCGUUUGGACCACCACCUAGAGGUUCACCAGGACCACCAAUGCGUUUUGGAAGACCACCUAAAGAUCUUGGUCCACCACCAUUGUUGCCUCCGCCUCCGCGUGGGAUCCCAGAAUUCCCCUGGGGAAGGGGAUUUGGGCCCCGAGGCCCACCAAUGAAGAGGCAACCUCUUGAGGACAAAACCAUUAAGUAUCUAAUAAAAUGUGGUGUAACAAAGGAGAACUUAAAAAAUUUGCCAAAAAACCUUUUGGCCUUAUAUGAACCAGAGUAUUGUGGAUUGUGCGCCCACAAUCUCGAGAGCCAUGCAGUUUCUCGCAUGCAUUACCUUUCCAAAAAUCAUCAGAAGAACCAGAAAAAAUGGUUAGCUCAGCAAUCCGAUGAUGGCUCUCGCAAAAAUAAGGAGAUUCCGAUAAAAUCUCGUGAGCUGUACUGCGAGCUGUGCGAUGUGCACAUCACAUCCAAAGCCCACUCCGACUCGCAUUACUCUGGGAAACAGCAUAGAGCAAUCGUCGAAGGACGUAAGAAACCGCGCAAUCCCAUUUUGCUCCAACAUGGAAUGGAAAACAGAGUUGAUCAGCUCAUCCGUCGCGAGAAGAAGUUCAUCAAAACGUCUAAGGACGAGGAGUCGGGCGACGCGGCGGCAGGCGGCGACGCCAAACCCAACGUUGCAUCUGACCUCUACUGUGACAUUUGCAAGACUUCAGUGACUUGCACGGAGCAGAUGACGAUGCACUUGAACGGCAAACGCCACCUCGCGAAGGAAAAGCAGCACAUACUAAGGAUGAUGAAGGGAGAAAAGUCAGAUGAAGCAAACGAGUCGGCGGCCAAUGAAGAAGAGAUGGACGUUAAAGACGAACAGGUUCCAGAAGGGCAAGAUGACGCUGCAGCUGCAGAGCCAGAGGGCGACAACCACGACGACUGGGCCAACGGCAACGGCACGUGGGAGGAGACACCCAACACUGAAUAAGAGAUUAUAGCCUAGAGCCAGAAGUAUCCGUUGGAGUGGAUGUACGUUGUACUCAUAAUUUUUCAUUACAUCAGUUAACUUUAUUUUUACAAUAUUCUUAAGUAACAUCCAAUAGAAUUCCAUUUGUCUAGAAUAUAUUGCUUUAUAAUA